AUGACGUCAGAACAAAUGGAAAAUUACAAACGUUUCCUAGCCAACCAGGAGAAACUGUUCGACAAGUUGUUCAAAACUUAUGAUCCUGGAAUGAAUGCAGUCUACACUUUAUAUCAUCUUCCAGAAACGAACACAACAAUUCACCCGCCUCGAUUUGAGAUUGAGAUCCAACUGUCUAUGUUGAAGUUGGUAGAAGUUGUGGAGCCGGAGGAGAAAGCUACGUUUCUGUUUGAUUAUCAAUCGCUCCAUUCCAAUGGUUCCAUCGGAAUGUACACAGCGUCAGUCACCUCUGUAGUUUGUCAAAUGGACAUCUACAAGUUCCCGUUGGACACGCAUACAUGUAGUGUCAAUAUUCUGUUCAAUACGUAUCUAAUGACAGAAUAUUUGAUCACAGGAAAGACUGGAACUCUUCCAAGACCUGUUCACCAAUUGGUCUCCAAGUUCCCAAUGGAUAAGCAUACGUGUAGUGUAAAUAUUCUAUUCAAUACGUAUCAACUCACAGAAUACGUGAUUAUCGGGAAGACUAGCACUAUGCCGAGACCGGUUAACCAAUUGGGAAACGGAGAAUGGCAAAUGAACUCAAUCCAAAUGAGCAUUGAGCCAGUUGUCGACAAUAUGACAUAUCUGACACGGUUCGAAGCGACUUUCACAAGGAAUCCCGGAUUCUAUGUGGUUCUUGUCAUGAUACCAGCAUAUUUUAUCAAUGUUCUGUCGAUUGUUGCCCUCUUCAUGGAUAUAAACAAUCGGUCGGAGAAGUUCACCGUUGCAAUGACAAAUAUCAUGUCGAUGAGUUUCAUUCUAGUGAUUUUAGCUGAGGAUUUGCCGAAGACUAAGAAUUUACCGAUACUUGCAAUCUACACUGUCACAAGUCUAGCCAUUAUGCUAUGCUCUCUGACUGCAGUGGUUCUCCUUCCGAAACUAAAACUUUAUUAUGCAAACAGACAAUUGUCACGUGGCGAGAAAAUUCCUAAAAAUGAUGAAGUUCCCAGAACUUGCUGGGGACGAAUUAUGUUCUAUUUCAAAGUGGAAUACGUCUUCAUGGCAGUUUUCCAAAUUGCAAACUUUGUCAAUUUUAUCAUUAUUUUCACCUGA